AUGAUGCAUUUCCCUUUGGUGCUCCUCGUUUGUGUGUCAUCCGCAUUUAAAUUAACAUGUGAGGCUACCGACGCUGAGAAUUCUGCGCUGGGAAGAGUGAUAGAUCUUCGAAAGGUCAACUUACUGGCCGACUUUCAGGAAGAAGAGAACAGAAUCUUUGAGGAGCUUCCCCCGAAAUGUCUCGUAAAAAAAACUUUGAAGUCUUCGAGCAGCCACUUCGAAUAUUAUGCAAAUACCAAGGAAUUUUAUAAAUCACUCGCCACCCAGUCAAGCUUGAGCGCCUCUCUGCAGUCCGCUUACUCGUUGGGUGUUACGGUAUCAGUAGCAACAAAGAGCAAAAGCUCACAGCAAAGUGAAGUGAGUGGCAUGUCUUUAAUCAAGCAGGCGUUAACAGAAAAGAUCCACGUCGAUAAAGAAUGUCUACUGAGUGACGACAUCUCAACCUUGAAGGGAACAUUUCUAAAUGACCUCGAGGACUUGCCUGUAAACGUCGAAAAUCCCUGGGACUCAAAAUCCUGGGUGAAGUAUCGUACUUUUCUGAAAAAAUAUGGCUCUCACGCAAUAACUUCUGUGAAGCGCGGAUCAAAAUUCCAGCAAAUGACAUUCGCAGAGAGCUCUAAGGCUUAUACUGAAAGAGAUUUCCAAGUAAAAGCUUGCGUUUCGGUUGCAGGACCUACUAAGGUCGGAAAGGUUGGCGUCUCUGCAUGUUCAAACGUGAGCCAAAGUGAGAUAUCCAAAGCGAGCAGGAUGAGCACAAGCGAGAAACGCUUUGUCAAAGGUGGAAAAAGGGAAACAAAUAGCAAGCUGGCAAACGGGGCGACGUCGGUUGAAUUGAUUGACCAACUCAUGGAUGAAGCAGAUGAAUUUCCAGCGUCUGUUCAGCACACUUUCCUGGCGAUCUGGACCAUCCUACAGAGUCGCUUUAAACAGGGAUCUCCUACUAAUAUCAAAGCCACAAACCUGGAGUACUACUACCUUGGGUUCUUGAAUUAUGGUUGUCCAUACAUAAGUAGCUCUGGACUUGCCAUACAAAAAUUCGACCAUACCAGUGGCUCCAGUGAGAAGGAUCCAGAAUUCGAAUGUACCCUGGCAAAAGAGGGCUGCCACAGUGCCAACGACUGUCACUACAAACCCAUUUGGUGCUCCUGUCGUGGUCCAACAUGUGUCCAUUACAAGUCAAUGAAACAAGAUACAGGUGACACUAAAGAAACCGCAUACGCAAACACAUUUGACGAUUGGGGAUGGCAUGGAUGCGACUGGAAAUUUUGGGGGUCUAGCUGCACUUGCAAGAAUGAAAAUCUUGAUCAGCGGAAAACUGUGUGGUUCUUGCCAAACAGAGAUGCUGCUACACAAAAGGCACAAACCCAGGGCGCACACAAAAAAGGCAAAAGAUUAAGGUCGCCAAAGUACACCGAUAGGAAAGGAAAAUGA